UACAAUGGCUCCAAGAGUGCGCUGGUUGAGACCGGAGGACCAUCUCUGCUCGAUGUCGCUUGCAAAAGUGAAAAAACUCACUAUCCCCAUGAAGGCCAAAGGAAAAGUUUCCUCGGGAAAAGGAGCCAGCAAACUACCAUCAGCAGCCUGGCGAAGAAACGAAAGACGUUUACAGUAAUGAAGCAAGGUGACAGCGAGUCGGUGACCAAGUGCAGGCACGACAAGAUCAAGGAACAUAAUUGCGUCUCUGUGCAAGUUUGGGGGUCGAUUUGGAAGAUAAGAUGAAGGACAAGUUUAUCAAGGGCUUGAAAGCUGGACCGAUUCACGACGGUGUGCAGGAGAUUACCGGCUCUAUGGACGAAUUACUGGAAGCUGCGAAAAAUCUGGAAAGCAAUUAUAACAAGCAGGCUUUUGGAUCGGAUUUCGAGCCAUCGAGCAGCGAGGACAGUGGCAACUCUGAAGCCGACGUCGAUUUCGAAAAGGACAAAAAGAACUACCGCGAAGUUCACGCAUACGACUGUCCGUGUAUUAAUUGUAACAUAAUAAGGCACAACAAAUCGGGGAAAUAUUACGAUCCCAACAACUCUCAUCCUAAGAAGUUAAUUCUUGUUCCCAGAUGGCUGUAAAAAGUAAUCAAGAUACAUAGUUUUGCCUCGUUACUAUAUAAGUAUUUUAUAAUAACGUUAGUUUUAAAAUUAAAUACAAAACCAUUAAUUGUGA